CUCAACUGGUGGCAAGCGAUUUCAGGACAAGAAGAUGAAUCGCCUACACGCAGUCAUGGUGCCUUUCCCUUCGCAAGGCAGCAUCAAUCCUCUAAUUAAUUUGGCUCACCUCCUCUCAUCAAGAGGAGUUUUCAUCACUUUUGUCGAUACAGAAUGGAGCCACAGCCGCAUGUCAACUGCUGCUGAUGAAUCCUCCGCCUCCACAUUUAAGUUUCUCACCAUUCCAGAUGGGUUGCCACCUGAUCAUGGCCGUCUCUCCGAAUUCGCCGAGUAUAUAAUUGCAAUGGAAAACCUUGGCCCCGUCUUGGAGCAUCAUUUGCUGUGCAGCUUAACGGAUGAAACUCCUCCCAUAACCUGCAUUAUAGCUUCAAAUUGGAUGUCCUGCACUUAUGAAGUGGCCAAUAAGGUUGGAGUGCCCCGAGUCAUUUUCUGGACCAUGUGCGCCGCCUCUUCUAUUGCUCAGUGCAACGCCAACUUUCUCGUCUCCCGCGGACAUAUUCCCUCCAAAGUGGAGGAUUUGAAGAGGGCGGAUAAAGUGAUCACUUGUUUGCCCGGUAAUCUUCCGCCUCUGUUGCCGAGCGAUCUGUUUUCCUUCUACCGGGCUGCCGACACCUCUGACGUUUUUUACCAGUGGAGUCUGCGUGAGGCAGAAAUUCAAAAAAAGGCAGACUAUGUGCUUGUCAACACGUUCGAUGAGGUGGACGCUCCGGAGAUGGUAACUGCGCUGUCCAUUAAUGGAUGCCCUGCUUUGGCAGUAGGGCCUGUAUUUCUUCCCAAUUUGCUGGAAGGAAGAGAUUUGAACGGACUCGCGAGUAUGUCGGUGCAGGAUGAGAGCUGUCUCAAAUGGCUCGAUGCCCAAGAGCCGGGUUCUGUGAUAUACGUUUCGUUUGGUAGCAUAUCUGUCAGAUCGAACGAGCAGCUGGAGGAGUUGGCACUGGGAUUGGAGGGAAGCCAGCAUCCUUUUCUGUGGGUGUUACGAAUGGAUAGUGUUGGAGACAAGCUUGCCACUCUCCCGGGGGGUUUUGUAGAAAGGACUGUGGAUCGGGGAGUGAUUGUGAAAUGGGCGCCGCAGGUGAAGGUGUUGUCCCAUCCUUCCGUAGGAGGGUUUUUUACUCACAGGUGGAACUCGUGUUUGGAGAGCAUGAGCAUGGGAGUUCCAAUGCUUGGAUGGCCGUAUUUCGCUGACCAGUUUCUGGACUGCCGGUUCUGCAAGGAUGUGUGGAAGAUUGGCAUAGACUUGGAGGGCGCGGAUGGUGAUGAAAAUGUGAUGGUUAAAAGAGAGGAGAUAGAGAAAGGCGUGAGGAGAGUGAUGGAGGGUCCGAAGGCGGAGGAGAUGAGAAAAAGAGGGAGGGAGUUGAAGGAGGAGGCAUUUAAAGCGGUUAGGGAGGAAGGUUCUUCUUUUGUCAACUUGAACAGGUUUAUUCAUGACAUCACACAACUUUCCGAAACGGCUUCUGUUAAAGCGGCGUAGGGGCUUCUAUUAUCUCCAUCUACUAUAUCAUGGAUUCCACAAAAUUCAUGUCAACCGUCUCUCUCAAAAUAAAUUUAAGAUGUUUUUUCAUAAUUAUUUUAAAAAGUAAAAUGAUUGUGAGACUAUUAUGCGAUUGUAAAACUAUUAUGCAAUAUCUUUUUAAAUUUAA